AUGUCGAAAACAAGUAAAAUUGUGCUGCGGAUUCAAUCAGCUGACGGGACGAAACGGAUCGAAACAGAGCCGGCGGCGUCAUCGAAGAACCUCUACGAUCUGGUCCGCGCGGCAUUCGAAUUUGAUAACUACGAUUUUGCUCUGUACCGCGAACGGAACUUUACAAAGGAGAUCGUUUCCAGUGGUUCACAGUACGUGAAAGAUGUUGGUCUCAAACAUGGUGAUAUGAUCUACUUACGUCAAGUGGAAGGACCUUCUACGUCGAAGGCUACCGAAAGAAGUGCAUCCGUGACUUCGUUAGCUUCAAGCAGCAGUUCCUCUAACAGUGUGGCCGGCUUCAGCCGCGACGCCACACCAUCAACGAGCUCGAAGGCUUCUUCCGCCACACCGCUGCUACCUCAGGAGGAUGCGGUCGAUGUGGAGCUGUACAAGCAGGACGGCCGUAUCCAGCGUAAACGCGACGAAAAGCUGUGUCGUCACAAUUCGAACGGAUGCUGCGUGCACUGUUCGCCGCUGGAACCGUGGGAUGAAAACUACCUCAAGGAGCAAAAGAUUAAACACUUUAGCUUUCACUCGCACCUGAAGAAGCUAACGUCCGGGGCGGACCGUGGCAAGUUUGUGGCGCUCGAGGAUUUGAACUGCAAGAUAAAAACCGGCUGCCGCGAUCAUCCGCCGUGGCCGAAGGGCAUCUGCUCCAAGUGUCAACCGUCGGCGAUCACGCUGAACCGGCAGCAGUACCGUCACAUCGACAACGUGAUGUUCGAAAACACGGGAAUCGUCGAGCGGUUCCUGAACUACUGGCGCACGACCGGUCACCAGAGAAUCGGGUUUCUCUUCGGGACGUACGAAAUUCAUCCGGACGUCCCGCUCGGUGUUCGGGCGCGCGUUGCCGCGAUCUACGAACCACCGCAGGAGAGCAACCGUGAUUCGAUCCGCCUGCUCGACGAUGCCAACGAUGGCGAUGUGGACGAGCUGGCGAAGGCCCUGGGACUGCAGCGGGUCGGGUGGAUCUUUACGGAUUUGAUGAGUGAAAAUUUGGCCAACGGCACGGUGAAGCAUGUGCGCAACAUUAAGACGCACUUCCUGACGGCACAAGAGUGCAUACUGGCGGGCCAUCUGCAGAACAAGCACCCGAACCGGUGCAAGUACGCCUCGAACGGUUACUUUGGCUCCAAGUUUGUGACCGUUUGUGUGACUGGUGACGAUAAGAAGCAGGUGCAUAUGGAAGGCUACGCCGUUUCGGCUCAGUGUAUGGCAUUGGUGCGUGACAAUUGUCUCAUUCCCACGAAGGAUGCUCCCGAGUUGGGUUACAUUCGCGAAUCAACCGACAAGCAGUACGUGCCCGACGUUUACUACAAGGAAAAGGAUGUCUACGGCAACGAAGUGCAGCGUCUGGGGCGACCGCUGCCGGUGGAGUAUCUGCUCGUCGAUGUGCCCGCCUCGACUCCGCUCGUGCCGAUGUACACAUUCCUGGAACGCAAAGACGCCAAGGAGUACUUUCCGGUCGAGAACAGACUGAUCGAUGGCCACAUACAGGACUUUUCCGCCCUGGCCGAUUACCUGGCCAAGUCACGAGCAAUGAAUUUCCUCGAUGUGGUGUCCGAUUUCCAUUUGCUGCUGUAUCUGUACCGCAUGGAAGACAUGCUGCCAAUGAAGUCCCAGCUUGGGCCACUGCUCGAGGCCGUGCGCACCAAGGACAAGGCGCUCGCCAACGAGUGGAAAACGCGGGAAGUGUGGAAAACACUCGAAGAACUGAUCGCCGCCAGUUCGCACCACGAAGACGGAAGCAUGAGCAACGACGUGGAGUUCGUGUCGAGCGGCGAGACGGAACAGAACUGGAUUUGUUCCUUCUGCACUUUCAUCAACAGCCGAGAGCUAUCGGCAUGUGAAAUAUGUAAUUUACCCAGAUCUAGACAAUGAAGGUUUAACGUUGGACUGGAUCGGCUUGCGGCCUGAUUGGGAAUUCAAGAGCACCGCAAAAGUAGCGAAUAUUUUGUGAAACUAUUGUAAAUGACAUCCGGCAGAGGCAGAAGUUGCAGCCUGCGCAGACAGACGAGCGUGCUUUUUAAUUGAAACAUCUACCAACCAGCGGCAAAGGGCGACGCUGGCUACGGAGCAGAGGGGGAUACUUUAGAUUUAUGCUUAAUAAGUAACACUCCGGUGCACUUCAGGAUUUUGGCCUCCCGCGCGGGUUAGAUCGGGGAACGUAAACGGGGUAGACAGAGUACGGGCAGGAUGGGCGUAGAGCAGGAAAUAAAAAUCGGAUGCAAUCGGAAAGAACCACACCACACACACACGUACGUCGACCAAGCGUCACGGUGACCGGAUUGGCGGGCAACAAUUCAGCGAUAAACUUAUUUAUUGUACAUCAUCAGUAAGGCAGCGUACAUCGAGCGUGUCCACGUGCACGUGAUUGGGUUGGCGUGCCAGGGCAGCAAAGC